GAGGGAGGGAACGAAAAGAAAAAAAGGGUAGAAAGUCCCAUUUACACACAAGUGCCGCGGCCCCUGGCGGAGCCCCAAGUUGGCUGCUCCGACCCAACCAUCAAUCCCUACUCACAGCAGCCGCUGAACUCGAACAGACAACAUAGACCGUUUUUCCCACUCUUCUCCUCCUUCGAUUCAUGAAUCUCAAGCUCCUAACACAGCAAAAUCAUUCAUGAAUGGCGUCUUCCGCUUCUCCGCCGGCGCCCGAUUCCCCAUCAGAAUGAUACGGUCGACCGCCGUUGUCACCUUCGCACCACAACCAUUCCUCGCCUCAGGUCAGUCCUCCGUUUUUGUCCUUUGCUCAUUCAUCAAACAACUCUCCUUUUCAUUUACGCCGGAACCCAUUUCGCAACUCGACUCGCCUGUAACUGACCUCUCUUCUCAACUGUUUUCCCUCCUCUGCCAACCGAAUUGGCAGAAGCACCCUUCUUUCAGAAAAUUGAUCCCCAUUGUAUCCCCGUCUCUUUUCUCAUCUUUCCUCUCCCAGCAUCCCCAUCUCAAUCCUCAGAUUGCCUUUAAUUUUUUCGAUUUACUCUCCCGUACUCCCACUUUCAAACCCAAUGUACAAGCCUAUGCUUCCCUUUUGCGCAUUUUGAUAAAGAAUAAAUCUUAUCGGAAUGCGGAGAAAACCCGGAUUUUAAUGAUUAAGUGUUGUGAGACGGAGGAGGAUGCCAGCUUCGUUUUGAGUAUUUUGCGCGAGACGAAUCGUUGUGAUGAUGGUGAUUUUGGGUUUAAACUUGGUCUUAGGUGUUAUAACACGCUUUUGAUGUUGCUGGCACGAUUUCUGAUGAUCAAUGACAUGAAAUGUGUUUAUAGGGAGAUGUUGGAUGAUAAGGUGUCACCAAAUAUAUAUACAUUUAAUACAAUGAUUAAUGGCUAUUGUAAAUUGGGAAAUGUGAGUGAAGCUGAGUAUUAUUUAAGUAUGAUUUUGCAGGCUGGUUUGAAGCCUGAUACACAUACUUACACAUCAUUCAUUUUGGGACAUUGUAGGAGAAACGAAUUAGGUAGUGCAAGUAAAAUGUUCAUGACUAUGCCACAGAAGGGUUGUCAAAGGAAUGUGGUUUCAUAUAAUAACUUGAUGCAUGGGUUGUGCGAAGCUGGGAGAGUGGAUGAGGCAAAGAGGCUGUUUUUGCAAAUGGGUGAUGAUAAUUGUCACCCAAAUGUUCGGACCUACACAAUUCUAAUUGAUGCUUUAUGUGGUUUAGAGAGGAGGUUGGAGGCUUUGAGCUUGUUCCAGGAAAUGAAGGAUAAAGGGUGUGAGCCCAAUACUCAUACAUACACUGUACUUAUUUAUGGUGCUUGUAAAGAUGGUAUGCUUGACGAAGCAAGGAAAAUAUUGAGCACAAUGCUAGAUAACAGGUUGUUUCCUAACGUAGUGACUUACAACGCUCUGAUCGAUGGGUUUUGUAAGAAGGGAAUGGUUGACACUGCUUUUGAGAUAUUUGACAUGAUGGAGUCAAAAAAUUGUAGUCCAAAUGUGCGUACUUAUAACGAGUUAAUUUCUGGAUUCUGUGAGGGGAAAAAAGUGCACAAGGCUAUGGCACUUCUCAGUAAGAUGCUAGAGGAAAAAAUUCCACCAGAUCUUGUCACAUUUAAUAUUUUAGUACGUGGACAAUGCAAGGAGGGAGACAUAGAUAGUGCUCUUCGCCUACUCAAUUUAAUGGAAGAGAAGAAUGUAGUUCCUGAUCAGUUAACCUUUGGUACUCUCAUCAAUGCUUUAUGUGAAAAAGGGUGUGUGGAUAGGGCAUAUGACAUGUUUGACUCCUUAAAAGAGAAAGGGAUCAAGGUGAAUGAGGUUAUGUACACUGCUCUUAUUGAUGGAUACUGCAAUGUGGAGAAAGUGGAUGCUGCCCUUGCUUUGUUUGAAAGAAUGGUUAGAGAGGGGUGCCUUCCAAACUCAUAUACCUACAAUGUGCUGAUUAAUGGAUUAUGCAAAGUGAAAAAACUACGUGAAGCUUUAAAAUUUCUUGAAAGGAUGUUGGAGGACGGCAUGAAACCCACAAUUGUUACUUACUCAAUCAUUAUUGAGCAAAUGUUAAAGGAGUUUGACUUUGACAGUGCUUAUAGAGUUCUGAAUCAUAUGAUUUCUGUGGGACUUCAUCCUGAUGUCUGCACAUAUACUUCAUUCCUUCUUGCUUAUUGCAAUCAAGGAAUGUUGAAAGAAGCAGAGGAUGUGAUGGCUAAGAUGAAAGAGAAAGGGGUCCGACCAGAUAUGAUGGCUUACACAGUGCUCAUUGAUGGAUAUGGACGCUCAGGAUUUAUCGAUCUUGCUUUUGACACCUUGAAAUCUAUGGUUGAUGCUGGAUAUGAACCUUCUAACUAUACCUAUUCAGUUUUAAUCAAACAUCUCUCACAUGAAAAGCUAAUCAAUGGAAAUAUUGGUAGAACAGGGUUCGAUGCAUUUCCCAAUGAUGGCUCCAUUAAUAUUGCUGAUGUGUGGAAAAUAAUGGAACAUGAUACUGCUCUUAAGCUCUUUGAGAAAAUGAAAGAACAUGGUUGUGCACCGAAUAUAAACACUUAUAAUGCGCUCAUUACUGGUCUCUGCAGAGAAGGGCGCCUUCAAGAAGCCUGGAGGUUGGUUGAUCAUUUGAAACAAUGUGGAAUAUCUCCGAGUGAAGACAUCUAUAACAAACUAGUAGAAUGUUGCUGCAACAUGAGAAUGUAUGAGGAAGCUGUGGAUUUAAUUGAUGUCAUGCUCACACAUGGACUUUUACCUCAUUUGGAGUGCUUUAAGCGGCUUGUUUGUGGGUUAUAUGACGAUGGAAAUGAUGAGAAGGCUAAGACAACCUUCUGUAGGCUGCUUCACUGUGGUUACAAUUAUGAUGAAGUGGCUUGGAAGGUUUUAAUUGAUGGCUUGCUGAAGAGGGGGUUCGUGAAUGGAUGCUCUGAGCUGGUUCAUGUCAUGGAAAAAAGUGGUUGCACAAUUGAUCCUCAAACUCAUGCAAUGUUAAUACAGGGAAUUCUUGGUCAAAGAGAGGGAGAGUAGGCAGAUAGCACAUAAUAACACAUCUUAAAUGGUCUAGGAAUUGGCAAGACAUUUUUGGUGGUUAUGUUCAUUGAAGCAGACAAAGGCUGUAAAUUUACUGGAUCCUCUGUAUGCUGGUAUAUGUGUAAUGCAUGGAUCUCAUAGUUACAUUUUGCCACAAGAUAUGUGGUGAUGUGGUCAAAGAGCUAAGUACUGCUUCAAGGAUGCUUUUCCAGGACAUAGAACCAUUACAGCUGGAGAUCUCAGAAUAGGGUUAAAUAUCAGUCAGAGGACCAGUUAUGCCAUUCCAUUCAGCUGGCAGCAAAGCUUGAUUUUCAAUUGCAUAUUAAGAAUAUAACGGAGAAAAGGAGAAAGGUUGACUGAGUGUGUCUCUUUCCCCUUUCUCUUUCAACAUAGGCAAAGCAUUAGUGACUGAUAUAUCGGUGGUGGAUGCAUCUGAUCUUUUACACUGCUGGUACAGAGAUUUGGAUGUGCUGCCAUAUUCUGGUUUCGAUGUAAAAGGAAUGAUACAGGAAGCUCCUAAGAUGGAAGCUUUUUAGCAAUAAAAGAUGAAGUUGCUUUCCAACUAAAUUGGAAAAGGGAUUUUCCUUCACCAAGUACAUUGAUAACUGUAGAAUAAUUUUUCUGCAAUAUCAACUCGCAAAGUUGUGCAGCAGAGAGCCCGAUAUUCGAUGCUGAGAGGUCAAAUUGCUUCACUACCUUCAUUAUGUGGUAACUAAUAUUCUUUUUACCUGUUCUUUUGCUGUAAAAUGCUCACUAUUGUUUCACUGUACAAAAAGGAGCACUAUUGUUUUACGUGUACAAAACAUAAAUGGAAAGUAAAUGUGUUGUAACGUUGACCGUCACCAUCAAGUGAUUUGUAUGCAAAGUAGAUGAAAAUUGCUAUGUUAAACA